AUGUCAGACUCAGGUGACAUCCAAGGAAAAGCUAAACUGAACACGAAAACUCGUGAUACAGGAGAGGCUGAACUACCACAUGAAACAACAGAACAUAUGGAGAAGCCAGAGAUUCCUAAGAAAGAAGUUAGAUUGCCAAAAAAGAGCUCAAAAAAAAGCUCAAAAAAAAGCUUAGAAAAGAUAAAUUGUGGAAAAGAAGACAACACCAAAGUAGAAACUGAGUUAGUACAUACUGCCCUGUUAGAGAAGGACAAUCCAUUCAUGGAGGAAGAGCCUAUAGGACUUACAAAAUCGACCUUAAUAGGAAUACCCGGUAUAAGAAGUCAUAAACUAAAGAACCCAAAUGAAGAUUAUGAGGACGAUUCAGAGGGCUUACUUCCCUUAAACCAAGGGUCUAAUAUAGAAAUGUGUAGAGCCAGUCUUAGUGGAAGUAUCAACUCUAUUAACGAAGAAGCUUCUCCGUCAGAAGAAAUGCAUGUGUCAAAUAGAGAUAAGUCUAGUAGAAUACAUAUACUUGAAGCGAAAAGAGUAUCGGAAGGUCAAGGUAGGUCUUACAUCGCUUAUGUUAUCCAGUUCGAAAAUUCGACUGUUCAGAGACGUUAUAACGAUUUUGAGAGUUUGAGAAGUAUUUUGAUAAGAUUAUUUCCUAUGAAUUUGAUACCUCCAAUACCAGAAAAGCAGUCAAUAAAAAAUUAUGGUAAGUCAAUAACUGGAUCGAGCUCAAAGUACUUAUUGCCCUCAGAAGGUUCUGGCUCGGUAGACCUGUCAUUGUCUGUGAUACAUGCAUCAGUCAAUAAUAAUGAUGAAAGAUUAAUACGGCAUCGGAUAAGAAUGCUCACAGAGUUCUUGAACAAACUUUUGGCAAAUGAGGAAAUUACAAAGACAUCCAUAAUUACCGAUUUUUUGGAUCCUAAUAAUCAUAAUUGGCACGAAUUUGUUAAUAGUUCGUCUACUUUCUCAUCUUUGCCGAAAAGUAUUCUGCAGUGCAACCCAUUGGAUCCUACCAAUACAACUAGAAUUCAUGCCACGUUACCAAUACCGGGCUCUUCAUCACAGUUAUUACUAAAUAAAGAAUCGAGCGACAAAAAAAUGGACAAUAAAAGAAGCAAAUCGUUCAGCAGCAUUGAACAUGAGUACAAGCAAUAUGAGAACUUGUUAGAGAAUGGAAUUUAUAAGUACAAUAGACGAACCACGAAGACUUAUCACGAUUUGAAAGCCGAUUACAAUGAGAUUUCUGAGGUGUUUGCACAGUUUUCUCAUGAACAGGCUCAGGUUGGAGAAGUAGUGGAACAGUUAUCUUACUUGAGUAAUGUCUUUUCAGAAUCUUCAAUUACUCUGGAAAAACUAGUUGGAAGAUUGUACUAUAACAUAAAUGAGCCCUUAAAUGAAUCAGUGCACAUGGCAACAUCUGCGAGAGAAUUAAUUAAAUACAGAAAGUUGAAAUACUUGCAAAAUGAAAUGAUUAAAAAGUCUCUGAGCUCCAAAAUUGCACAAUUGGAGAAGCUUGAGGUACAAAACAAUGAAUAUAAGGAUGUUGAUAAGAUUAUUGACAGCGAAAUGUCCAAAAGUCAUACCAUCAAUCUGGAACGGCCCACCAACAACGCUGCCAAUGGUGGGAAAUCAUAUAGUGGGAAACUAUUCAACGGAUUUAGCAAAUUAGCAUCGAUGGUUAAGGAAUCCGUUAAGUAUCAAGAAACUGAUCCUCAUACUGCAAGUGUUAAUCUAAAAAAGGAAAUCGAACAACUUUCUGAAUCAUUAAAAGUUACUGAGAAUGAUUUGGAGGUUAUUUCAAAAGUCAUUAAGGAUGAUCAGUUACCCAAAUUCUCGAAAGAAAGAGAAACCGACUUGUCAGACAUUCUAAAACAUCAUUCCAGAUAUAUGAGGAACUACGCUCGGCAGAAUUUGGAAAUUUGGAAAGAGGUAAAAAGACAUCAAGAUUUUGCAUAG